UUCUAACCAGACGAACGCGAAAGUUAGAGUAAUAAGCAAACAGUCUUCUUUCGAGCAUUCAUUGAACUCCAGCCUCAGUGAAUCCAGUAAAAGUGAGUCAAUUGUAUAAUAAUUUCCUAAGGAAACGAACGAAGGGCUCGGAUCAUGUGAUAGCUCGGAUUGUGAUAAUACUAUCAUGAUUAUACUCUAGGAUAUUUAAUGAAUAAAAUCUUAUUUCCGCAAUUAGCGCGCCUAUUAUUUAUAAGAUGUUGUUAUCAAUGCUCUCGACCAGUACUAACAAAAUACUACACACGCUUAAUUGCCAGAUAAGACGUUAAAUAUGUAUAUUACUGCUUCGUGCAUGGCACACUGUUCGAGUUUGCGUAUCAAAGAAAAAAAGAAAUAGUCGAAGUUCGACUUUGAUAGAAAGGCGUUCCUCCUUUUAUCAGAAGUUCAUUCAGUCAAGUUUAGUAACCGUGUGAUCUUGUCGAAGAUGUAUGGAAGAACUUCAAUGAUUUGUGUAAUCUAUCAAACUAACAAGAAGCACGUUAGAGGGUGGAAGCUUUGACGUGUACCGAGGAGAGUCACCGUGGCGUUUCCCCGUGAAACAAUCUAGAAGGAUAUCUAAAACGGUUUAAGAAUUGCAUAAUUAAAUACUCUCUAAAUACCGCAGAAUCGUAGAACAUUGGAUUCUACGUACGCGUGAAUCUCUCUAUUGAUGCGGUAUACCUUGCGUGAAGCAUGUGUGCAAGCUCCUCCACGUAUAAAAUACUCUUCUGGCAGCAGGAAAGUCUCAGUUGGAUGCCUCUUGAUACGAGUACGUGUCAGUGGUUCGUACAGAAGAAAAGGUAACAAGCCGAACAACGUGUCCGUCGGUUAAUAUCCCGUGGCAGAAACCUGAUUCAUGAGGGGUGAAUCCGAGGCGAGCCGAACUUUCAGCGAAGAAGAAGCUGUGCGGAUAAAUCAGCGAGUGAUAUCAGAAACGUAGCUCGAUUUAAAUAAUAGAAACGAGGCAUGAAAAGUAGAUCGUUCAGGUGUUACCUGGUUCAGUUGAUGAUACUUAUACCGUUGACACUGGACAACAUGGUACCAUCAGCGGCGAACGAGAAUUAUCAUCGAAGCGGUCGAAGGAUAAACUUAACUCACGCGGUGAAGAUGUCCCAGAAGUUUGUCUGCAAAGAACCACAAUCCCGAGCGUACAACCUGAGGGACCUGAUGUGGGAUAUUCAUCAAAAUUCCGGGGAGAGCCCGGUAAAACCCGUCUACAUUGUUUUGAAACGUUGCGACGGACACUCGGGAUGCUGUACGAGCCCCGACAUGAGCUGUUCACCGAUGCGAUCAGCGAUCUAUUACGACGAGAUCGAAAUCGAAGUGUCUAGUUUGGUACUUGGGAACACGAUUCCCCGAUGGAUCAGAGUCGAGCAACACGGUAAAUGUUUCUGCGAUGUUACCACGGUCAAUGAACGGUAUCAACAGGAAUUUCAAUGGCCUAACGUAACUCUCGUUUGAUCGGAAAUUAUUGAAAUUAAGAAAAAUUAGAUUAUGUUAACGAGUUAACGAGUUAACAGUAUUUACGUUAAGGGAAUCAAAGCAAUUUAAGACACAGUUGAUGUUGACAUCUUCUCCGGGUUUUAGCGUACCGGCUUGGUUCGAAAUGUUCAUGUAGACUGAAAUUGCUCGAUGCCCGACAUAUGUAUGUUGGUUGUCUUACUCGAUGCUAAAAUGUCGAGGACAGACACCUGUUUUAUAUUGGAAAUUACGCUCGAUAUUUACUGUUUUCGACGAACGAUGAAUAUUAAAGAACAUCAAAAAUGUAAACGAUUCAAUUUAAACUAGUCAUAUUACUAAUAAUGAAAGGGACCAAAACGUAUUAUUAUGUUAGAAAUUAAUAUGGAAGUGUGUAAAGUAGAUAUUUCUAUUACUAAUUGUAUAAAUUCAGUAUUUAUACGCGUUUAUCAAUAUUUAACAUUUAUUUUGUUAAGAUAUAGUAUAAAGUUCUAAAAGUUUUUCUUAAGCAAUCGGAGAUAUUUAAGUAUUGAACAAGUAUUAAUCAGUAAUACUACAUUGAAAUAUAUUAAUCUGACAAGAGACUGAUUCCACGUAUAAAUAUAUUCUAGCGUAUCUUUAGUACGUGUACUUACAAGUACCUCCUAUUUUAUUUUGAUAACCGGUUUUUAAGACAAAUGUCAUAUUUCCAGAUACAUAAUAGAAUUUUAAUAUUUAUGUUAUA